AUGGUCGUCGAUGACACUUACUACAAGAUUCUUCAGGUUGAACCAACUGCAACUCCACAACUAAUCAAAAAGUCUUAUCGUAAACUAUCUUUAAAAUAUCAUCCGGAUAAGAACCCUGCUCCUGAAGCAAAAGAAAGGUUUCAGGAGAUAACUGCUGCCUACCAAGUUCUAUCUGAUUCAGAUUUAAGAGCAAAAUAUGACAAAUUUGGUAAAGAAAGCGCUAUACCAGCCGAUGGUUUUGAAGACGCAACUGAAUAUUUUGCUAUGAUCUUCGGUGGCGAUGCAUUCAAAGACUAUAUUGGUGAAUUAACUCUAUUGAAGGAUCUCACAAAAUCUGCUCAAUUAUCUCAAACCGAUAAAGAAAAAACCGAUGAAAAUAACGAAGAUAACAAAGAAAAUAAAGAUGAUAAAAAUAAUACAAAUGAUAAAAAUUCAACCUCAAAUUCAACCUCAAACACAAAUACAAAUACAAAUACAAAUACAAAUUCAAAUUCAAAUUCAAAUUCAAAUACUAAUACAAAUACUAAUGCAGAAUUGGAUCAAUUUGAAGAAGAGUGUAGAUUGAAAAGACUAGAAACUCAGAAAAAAUUGGCUGAAAAAUUAAUACUAAGAUUAUCCGUUUGGACUGAAAGCCCCAAAGAUCGUAACUGUUUAAAUGCUUUUAAAACUAAAUAUGAAUUAGAAGCUGACUCUCUAAAAAUGGAAUCCUUCGGCUUGGAAAUAUUACACACUAUAGGUGAAAUUUACUACACAAAGGGCAACAUAUAUCUAAAAUCUCAAAAGUAUUACGGUAUUACUGGCUUUUUUCACUCUGUAAAGGAAAAAGCUGGCAUCGUUUCAGAUACUUUUAAAACUAUAUCUUCUGCUCUAGAUGCUCAAAAUACAAUGGAAGAAUAUACUAAAAUUCAGGAAAACUCAAAUGAAGAUCAAAAAUUAUCUCAAGAAGAAAUGGCUGAAAUGGAAAAAUUAUUAAUGGGCAAAGUUAUUGGUGCUGCUUGGGCUGGCUCAAAAUUUGAAAUUCAGGGAACUUUACGAUCCGUUUGCAAUAUUGUCUUGUAUGAUAAAACUGUUUCUCAACUGAAAAGAAUCGAAAGAGCUGAGACUCUAGUUAAAUUAGGUCAAAUCUUUAAGAAAACUACAAGAACUGAUGAUGAAAAUGAGGAAGCAAGGAUUUUCGAAGAAUUAGUUGCUGAAGCUAAAAAG